AUGAGCCCCAUUGGUGUCUAUGAGAGGAAUAUCAGACCUCAGCCAGAGGUCACCCAUCACAGAGCCUCCACCUCACCGCCUGACCACAGAGCCAAGAAGAUCCUAGAAGUCACCAGGAAGAUCACCGAGCUGCUGACAGGAGAGGUCUUGGGUCCAGCCAUGAGACAUCGCGGGUCCUCUUCUAUGUUAUGUUUCUCCAAUGGUGGGCAUGUGCUGAAAGACCCGGUCCCGUUCUUUGCUCCUGUGGGUCCAGGCUGGCAUGAUGAUGAUGAUACGCCCCCCAGUGCAAGAGAUCCAUCUAAUCCUGAGGAACCUUCCUCACCCCAUGAAGGAGAACACAGAGGUGAGGAUCUAUUCUCACAUCCCAUGGAUGAGAAAUCUUUCACUGAAAACAAAAUCCUUCCUAAUUACCAGAGCAGUCACUCGGAGUGUGGAAAAAGUUUCACUCAGAAAGGAAACCUGACUAAACACCAAAAAAUUCACACUGGCGAGUGUCGCUAUUCAUGUUCGGAGUGCGGAAAAUGCUUCACUCAGAAAAGAGCACUUAUUGAACACCAGAGCAUUCACGAGCACGAGGAGUGCGGAAAACUUUUCAAGAGAACUGGAAAGCUUAUUGAACACCAGAGAAUUCACACGGGUGAGCGUCCUUUUUCCUGUUCAGAGUGCGGCCAAUGUUUUACUCAUAAACAUGCACUUAUUGGACACCAGAGAACUCACACGGGUGAGCGUCCUUAUUCAUGUUCAGAGUGCGGGAAAUCUUUCAUUAACAAACAACGUCUUACUGUACACCAGAAAAUUCACACAGGUGAGGGUACUUUCACUUGUUCGGAGUGCGGAAAAAGUUUCAUAAAAAAAGAAAAACUUCUUGUACACCAGAGAAUUCACACAGGUGAGCGUCCCUUUUCCUGUUCAGAGUGCGGGAAAUGUUUCAUUCAGAAAGGAGGCCUUGCUACGCACCAGAGAACUCACACAGGUGCGCGCCCCUAUUCCUGUUCAGAGUGCGGGAAAGCUUUUGCUUAUAAAGGGGACUUUGCUAAUCACCAGAGAAUGCACACGGGUGAGCGGCCUUUUUCCUGUUCAGAGUGCGGGAAAUGUUUUACUCAAAACAAAAACCUUCUCAGACACCAGAGAAUCCACAAGGGUGAGCAUCCUUUUUCGUGUUCAGAGUGUGGAAAAUGUUUCACUCAGAAUAGGACAUUUAUUGAACACCAGAGUUUUCACACAGGUGAACGCCCCUUUUCCUGUUCAGAGUGUGAAAAAUGUUUUUCUGAGAAAAGAAACCUCCUAUUACACCAGAGAAGUCACACAGGUGAGGGAACCUAUUCAUGUUCAGAGUGUACAAAGUGUUUUAUUCGCAAAGGAGACCUUGUUAAACACCAGAGGAUUCACACAGGUGAGCGACCAUACUCCUGUUCAGAGUGCGGGAAAUCUUUCACGGAGAAGGGAGACCUUGUUAAACACCAGAGAAUUCACACGGGUGAGCGUCCUUAUUCAUGUUCAGAGUGCGGAAAAACAUUUAUUCAUAAAGGAGACCUUGUUAAGCACCAGAGAAUUCAUACAGGUGAGCGUCCUUAUUCAUGUUCAGACUGCGGGAAAUCUUUCACUAAGAAAGAUGACCUUGUUAAACACCAGAGGAUUCACACUGGUGAACGUCCUUAUUCGUGUGCAGACUGUGGGAAAUCUUUCAUUCAUAAAGGAGACCUUGUUAAACACCAGAGGAGUCACACCGGUGAGCGUCCUUAUUCAUGUACAGAGUGUGGGAAAUGUUUCACGGAGAAAGAUAACCUUGUUAAACACCAGAGGAUUCACACAGGCGAGCGUCCUUAUUCAUGUACAGAGUGUGGGAAAUGUUUCACCCAUAAAGGAGCACUUUGUAAGCACAAGAGAAUUCACACGGGUGAACGUCCUUAUUCGUGUUCGGAGUGCGGGAAAUCUUUCACCGAGAAAGGAGCCCUUGGAAAACACCAGAGAAUUCACACAGGUGAACGUCCGUUUUCAUGUUCAGACUGCGGGAAAUGUUUCACCCAGAAAGGAGUCCUUGUAAAACACCAGAAAAUUCACACAGGUGAGCGUCCUUAUUCAUGUUCAGAGUGCGGGAAAUCAUUCACCGAGAAACAUAAAGGGAAGCUUGUUGUACACAUGAGAAUUCACACUGGUGAGCAUCCUUAUUCAUGUCCAGAGUGUGAAAAAUGGUUCACUCGGAAAGGUGACCUUGUUAGACACCUGAGAAUUCACACGGGUGCACGUCCUUAUUCAUGUUCAGAGUGCGGGAAAUCUUUCACGGGGAAAGGAGACCUUAUCAAGCACCAAAGAAUUCACACGGGUGAGUGUCCUUAUUCAUGUUCAGAGUGCGGGAAAUCUUUCACUGAAAGAGGAGCCCUUGUUAAACACCAGAAAAUUCACACAGGUGAGCGUCCUAAUUUAUGCUCAGAGUGUGGGAAAUCUUUCACUCACAAAGGAGACCUUGUUAGACACCAAAGAAUUCACACGGGUGAGCGUCCUUAUUCAUGCUCAGAGUGCGGAAAAUGUUUCACACGGAAAGAAACAUUUAAUGACCACAUGAGUAUUCACAUGGGUGAGCGUUCUUAUUCAUGUUGAGAGUGCGGGAAAU